AUGAAUUCCGACAGCAACAACAAUGGCCCUGGCGCCAAUCCAGGCUUAUAUGCUGCGCAUGGCCCGAUCAUUUGGAAUGAGGUCUUCACUCGCCAUGAAGUUGUCCUUUCCUCGCACCUCGACAUGUUGAUCCAGGUGAAAGCGCAUACCGCAACAGAGAGCGAGGCAUUCCAGGCAGUGACGUCGAUGGUGAACAAGACCGUCCAGGCGAUGAACCAAACGAAGCUGGCCAGAAAGAACAUGAUGAACAAAAACAACUCCUCAAGCUCCUCCUCGAGAUCAACACCGCAGACACAACAAGACACAGCAGCAAACACGCGCAAGAAGCGUCGUCGAAGCUCCCAGAAAGAAACAAUUUGUCCAAAUACCGAAACCCCACCCCGAGACCCUUCUACAGACGAAGCGCGCUCCUCAAAACGAUACCGCGAUGUCUCACAGCCGUCUGAGGGCGAUGAGGGAGACGUCACGUCUACGUCACUUGGCACAGAGGAUAUCUCGGCUGAGGUCCAGCGCAGACUUAAGAUUAAGGAGGAACAGCGUCGCAAGAAGGAUAAUCCCAAGCGUGACAAGCGGAAGAGGGAUAGUCUUGCGUCAAAUGAGGCUACUUCGCCUGUUGUGCUUCGCCCGAAGAAGAAGCGCGUGCGCGUGGAGAAUGAGCGGAAGAGGGGUGGUGAGGUGGGGGAUGAGGCUGAUUCGAGGAAGAGAAGACGGUAG